GGGGCUAAUAUUGAUAGUGUUGACAUAGAAGGUCGAUCCCCACUUCUGUUGGCCACUUCCUGUGCAUCAUGGAAAAUUGUGAAUUUACUGCUCUCAAAAGGAGCAAAUGUAUCAUUAAAAGAUCAUCUUGGUCGGAAUUUCUUACAUUUGACGGUAUUACAGCCUGGAGGAUUACAGCAUCUGAAUGAGAAAUUUCUGCAGAUGGAACAUAUUAAGAAUCUUGUAGUGGAUGAAGACAACGAAGGAUGCACACCAUUGCAUUAUGCAUGCAGACAAGGUGUGGCCCUCUCUGUAAAUAAUUUACUCAGCCUCAACGUUUCCAUCUACUCUAAGAGCAGAGACAAGAAGUCACCAUUACACUUUGCUGCCAGCUAUGGGCGCAUCAAUACAUGUCAACGACUUAUAAGAGAUAUGAAAGACACAAGACUGUUGAAUGAAGGUGAUAAGAAGGGAAUGACUCCCCUUCAUUUGGCAGCCCAGAAUGGUCAUGAGAAGGUAGUUCAGUUUCUUCUGAAGAGAGGAGCCCUUUUCCUCUGUGAUUAUAAAGGCUGGACAGCCUUGCACCAUGCUGCCUUCGGAGGAUACACUCGCACAAUGCAGAUCAUUUUGGAUACUAAUGUGAAGUGUACUGACAGAGUGGAUGAAGAAGGGAACACAGCUUUGCACCUGGCUGCAAGAGAAGGACAUGCAAAAGCAGUAAGGUUACUUCUUGACUAUGGUGCAAAAAUUCUGUUCAACAAAGCAGUAGCUUCUUUUUUCCAUGAAGCAAUACACAAUAGGAGGAAAGAUGUAGUCUCUGCUGUCAUUUUGCACAAAAGAUGGGAAGAAGCUGUUGUGACAUUCUCUCACUAUUCUAGUGCCAAUAAGUGUCCUUUGCUGGAAAUGGUUGAGUAUCUUCCCGAUUCAUUUAAACUGGUUUUGGACAACUGCAUAAUUGAAUCUUCAGAAGAAAAGACAAGUCGAGACUUUUAUAUUGAAUAUAACUUCAGAUAUCUUCAGUGUCCCCUGACACUUAACAAGAAACUAAAGGAUGGUGAAGACAUAUUCUAUGAACCACUUACCACUUUAAAUGCCAUGGUACGCCACAAUCGCAUGGAGCUACUCAGUCAUCCCGUGUGUAAAGAAUAUUUGCUUAUGAAGUGGAUGGCCUAUGGGUUUCGAGCACAUCUGAUGAAUUUAGGCAUAUAUUCUCUUGGACUCAUCCCGCUGACUCUUCUGGUCACUCACAUACAGCCAGGAAGACCUUUGAAUGGAACAGAGGUCUAUGAAGCAAGACCAUUAGAAUAUGAG